AAUACUUGUUCUCCCCACUGUAGAUGCUUCUGUUUCAUUCUUCCAGUGAUGACCUCAGUGUGACUGGGACAGACCACUGCACAUUCUCUGUGUGUCAGAAGGCCCUGGGCAAAGACGACUUUACAAAGAUCCCCAACGGAGUCAACGGAGUGGAGGACAGGAUGUCUGUCAUUUGGGAGAAGGGCGUUCAUAGCGGGAAAAUGGACGAGAAUCGAUUUGUAGCCGUCACCAGCAGCAAUGCAGCGAAAAUCUUCAACUUCUACCCCCAGAAGGGAAGGAUCGCUAAGGGAUGUGAUGCUGAUGUGGUCAUAUGGGAUCCUAAGGCAACCAGGAAGAUUUCUGCAGCAACGCACCACCAGGCUGUGGAUUACAACAUCUUUGAGGGCAUGGAAUGCCACGGUGUUCCCGUGGUGACUAUCUCCAGAGGGAAGGUGGUCUAUGAGAGAGGUCAGCUGAAGACCCAACCAGGAGAAGGCCGCUUCAUCCCCAGACAGCCCUAUGCAGAGUUCAUCUACAAACGAGUCAACCAGAGGGAACAGGUGGGACAGCCUAGUCCUGUAAUCAGGAAGCCUUAUGAUGGUGAAAUCAUCUCUAUAUAAAGGAAUGGAACUCAUCAUGAAGUUAUUUCUAGCUUCGGAUCUACAUGCAAAAUGUUCUCUCAACUUUUCAAGGCUACCACGGGUCUGUGAAUUUUGUUAAGCUGGACCAAGAGAAAAUUAAUGUUUGUUUGAAUGCAGAUGCCAGUGAAUAUUUUGAUUCUGAUGAUAUUAUGUUGCCAAAGUAUUUAGUAAAAUGUAUACAAUUUUAUAAAAUGUAUUAUGUUAUUACUAUGUGAAAUAAACACUUGCAUAGUUAUA